AUGACCAACAUUCCUUCACCAUCUGACCAAACACCAACACCACCCUCUGAACAUCACACGGAAACCCCCUCUGAAAACCCUAUUACCCAUCAAUCUGAACCUCCCACUGAGACCAUCCCCACACCAUCAACACCUACAUCUCCCACCUCUGAACCAGAAACCACCUUUCCCACCCUGGAAGAAGCAGUAACCUUAUUUGCUGAGUCUUUAGUGGAGAAGAUCAGAUCACUAUCUGAAAACUCUAGAAUCAUCCGAAAUGACUUCAUCAGAGAAGCUGGAGAGAGGUUGCAGAGCCGUCUGGCCAGAGAGGCAGAAGAGAGAGCUUGUAGAGAAGCUGGAGAGAAGGCUCGUUUGGAGGAAGAACACAGAGCAAGAGAAGCUGCAGAAAAGGAUGCCGCUGAGGCUACUGCUGCUACUGCAGAAGCUGAAGCCAAAGCAAAGGCUGAUGCUGAAGAAGCAGCACGCAUAGCUGCAGAAGAAGCUGCUAAGGUCAAGGAUUAUGCUCUGACUCAGGGGGAGCAAUCUCACUCUGAUUUCGCUCCUCUAGUGUUGAAGACUCUGGAAGAGCUACAGAAAUAG